AUGGCACCCUCACUCACACUCACCGAUAGAACACCACUCGCCAAUCAAGUAGCAGGGCACGACGGGGUCAUGUCGGAUGCCUCGGGUUCACUCGUCAUCAAGCCAGCACUAGCAAGGGAGAUAGCAUUCUACCAGACACUCAAUUCAUCAGGUAGGGAAGAUCCGAUCAGACGAUUGAAGCCUUUUGUACCGAAGUUUCUGGGUACGUUGAGGUUGGAAGGUCAAUUAUCUUCCGGUGGGGAUGUGGAGAGGUUGGAAGGGAAAGAUGAGGUUCCAGAGUCCGUAGUUCUCGAAAACCUCUCUUACGCUUUCACCCAUCCCUCCAUCCUUGACGUCAAGCUCGGCACGGUAUUAUACGAUCCAGAUGCGAGUGAAAUGAAGAAGCAGAGGAUGGACAAGCAAGCUAGAGAGACAACGACGCAUGAGCUGGGAAUUAGAUUCACGGGCUGUACAACAUGGCACUCCCCUUCUCAAAGCUAUAUAGUAACUCCCAAAUCUUUCGGCAAGACCAUAACAGCAGAAGAACUACCAGAAGGGAUGGUAAGGUUCUUCCCUACCUCAAGCGAUAGUAUCAAAUCACUCGUUCAAACCACUACGGAUAAAUCAGCCUCUGCUCCCACCACGAUCUCAGCCGAUCCUUCCACAGGUGUACCACCUACACCCAUCACAGCUUCCAACUCCAGUUCUGCCCCUGCAGAAGUCCAAACCUUCAAAGAUCACUCCAUACCAUCCACUUCGUUGGUCAAAGUCCUAGAGAUAAUCAUCGAAGAGAUCGAUCGACUUGUCUCUGUAUUAGAGAAUCUCGAAAUUAGGUUUGUAGGGGGAUCAUUAUUGAUAGUCUACGAAGGUGAUCCCUCAAAACUAGAAGAGGCUUUAGACCGAUAUCAACUUAACAAAUUGAAAUCGACCACCGAGGAAGGGGUCGAUAAAGAUAGAUCGGCAUUCUCAGAUGAUGGUUCUAUCCCUUCUGAUCUUGAUUCCGACGAGGAGUCAGAUGAAGAUGAUGAAGAAGAGGAUGAGGAGAGUAGAGCCAGUAGGAGAUGUCCACCUGUUAGAGUGAAAUUGAUCGAUUUCGCACAUACGUGGUUGGCUCAGGGUGAAGGACCUGAUGAAGGGGUGUUGAAAGGGUUGAGUACGCUGAGGGGAUUAUUGCAAGGUAGGCAAAAGGAGAUUGAGGGGGGUAUAUAG